UCAGUCCAAGACUUUCAAGCGCACCAAGUCGCUUCGGCCGUCGUCCGUGGAUAUACAAAUAUUCAUCAAUAUACAUAAUAGUAUUACGUUGUGUUGCCCAACCUUUUCUCGACGGCCAUGAAUCUCCGGUACAUCUGCACACUGUCGCUGGUGCCGACGCUUUGCGUGCUCCUCGUCUUGCUGCUGGAGUAUGUGGAGGAGGGUUUGGCCCAGAACCCUGAUCCAUUAUUCGAACUGCCUGUCCAGCUGGUGGGAUUCCCUGUAAUUGUGCUCUCCGUCCGCCUCUCCCAGUUCGCCAAGAAGCUGGCCUACUCCCUUAGUCCCAGCACAUAUAGAUCUCGCAGUCGUAGGGAUACUGCCCAUCCGCUGUCCCUUGACGCUGAGUUGGCCCAAAAACAGAUCCUGCUGGAGUUUGGGUCGCAGGCUUGCAUCCUGGAGGAACCGUGCCGUGUCCACGCGUCCCGUCACUCGAGUAGCAGCGAACGACGAUUGCCGGGUGAAGGCAAGGCGAAGCCACAUGCCGCCUGGUCGGAGGUCUUGAGGAACUACAAAGUGCAACCAGGGAUUGGUGGCAUGAAGCAAUGGUAUCUUCUCUCCCUAUUCAUCGGUGAUGCUGUGCGGGAUGUGCCGCUGUGCAAGCAUUUGGCGAAAAGGAUGCCCUGUCCAGGAGUUGGACCGCUGCCGCCACCUCAACCCCGCUGAAGACCAAACCCCCAAUUCCCAUAGAUAGCAGGAGGAGAGUGGCUUCAGGAUGGACCUUCCCCCUUUUUUUUAGUCAGUCACAUCGGACAUCUUUGUUAAUCAUCCAUCUUCUGGUCCCUCAUCUCCAUACUCCUCCUUCGUUCACCUCUUUCAUUACGCAGUACUUUUAGUUGCUUUUAAGGGUUUUAAUUUAAACGAACGCUUAGAUUUAUGAGUAAACAAAUGAAAAUAAACAAACCAGUUGGAAAUAAAAAAAA